AGAACUGGACACAGCGCUCGAGGUGUGGCCUCACCAGGGCCGAGUACAGGGGCACAAUCAGUGCCCUAGUCCUGCUGGCCACACUAUUCCUGAUACGAUCCAGGAUGCUGAUGCCUUAAAUGGCUGGAAAGAACCCUCUGCCACUCCUUUUUGAGUAUUAGAAAGCCAGUCUUUAUUUACAGCGUCGUGGGUGUGUAGGAAUCAUUUCCACAGUACACACACCGAGUUAGAGAGGUGCUAUAAUUUUAUACUAUUAUAUCUAACAUUACAACAUCUGUUACUCCCACUUCCCAAAACUGUCCAUCCCAUCAGAUCUUCCUCGUCCCACCUCAGACACCAUUCCUGAUGAUGACCCUUUAUCUUCAUCUUGUCUUUCUCUUCCUCAUCUUGUUCCUUGGUCUUUGGCACAGUAGCAUGCCAUCUGGAAUAGUUUCAAGGUUUCUGAACAGCUUUGACUCAUUUAUAUCAAGCAAUGUGCCUGUUACGUCUGUUUUCUGAGUACAUUUUCUACAGAUAAAAUGUUCUUUCCCUUGCUACAAUCUUUGUCCAUUGGAAUUCUUGGCAAGAAAUAUUAAACAGCAUUUUUAGAAGUCUUGUACAAAGGCACUAGCAAACCAUACCAAAAGUGCUAAAAAGCUAUACUAAAAUACAUAUACUAUGCAUUUUAAGGCAUCGAUGCCACUGGCCUUUUUAGCCACCUGGGCACACUGCUGGCUCAUGUUCAGCUGGGUGUCAACUGGCAUCCCCAGGUCUGAUGCUGUCAGGCAGCUUUCUGGCUGCUCUGUACACAGCCUGUAGUGCCAUGUGGGGUUGCUGUGACCCAAGGGCAGGACCCAGCACUUGGCCUUGUUGAACCUCAUCCAGUUGGCCUCAACCCAUUGAUCCAGCCUGUCCAGAUCCCUCUGCAGAGCCUUCCUGCCCUCCAGCUGAUCAACACUCCCACCCAACUUGUUGUCAUCUGCAAACUGACUGAGGGUACCCUUGAUCCCCUUGUCCAGGUCAUUGAUAAAGACAUUAAAUAGGACUGACUCCAGUACUGAGCCCUGGGGAACACCACUUGGGACUGGCCACUCUCUGGGCCCAACCAUCCAGCCAUUUUUUGUGUCCAGUGAACAGUGCACCUGUCUAAACCACGAGCAGCCAAUUUUUCCAGGAGAACGCUGUGAGAAACUGUCAAAAGGUUUUACUGAAGUCCAGGUCAACUUUGGUAAUUCAACAAUUAAUUCUGACAUUUUGGAAAGUGAGAGGACCGCGUGUCUUCUUUUAAUGAUUUUAAAAGCUGAAGGUUUAGAUGAGUAUUUUUAGAUGGAUGCUGUCAAGAAAGAAGUCUUUUUACAUACCUGGUAGAAUAUGAAGAUUAAUAAAAUUACUUGGAUUUUAUAUCUCAUUUACAGAACUAUGCCUUGUACCAGCACUCUGCAUUUAAUGCUCCUUUGAAUAAGUUUCUUUUUAGGCUUCUAGUUUUGACUCUCAUCACUGCCAGACUCACAUUUUUAGCAGAGGGCAAACAGCAUCUGGUCAGUAUUUGAUUUUCACAAAUGUCAUUUAAGGAAAAAGUUAAUGCAUUCAUUGGAACUAAAUUUUAUUAGAAUUGAUAAUAUUGUUAUGAAAGUAUUUCUUUAUAAAGCAUCUUUAUAAUGCUUUUCAUCAAAAUAGGAGUUAGUAAUACAGCUUUCAGCUUUUCGAGAGAUGCAGUCUGAUUAUUUCAUCUUGAUGUCAAUAAAGACUUCAGUGUAGAGGGUAGGUUACUUCACUAGACAAAGUUACAGAGAGCCAAUUAGUGUCAGGUUUUCAUCCAUUAAUAGUGUUGCUUGUGGAAAAGCCAAUUCAGAACUGUUUCUCAGAAAGAAACCUUUAAAUCUUUUGGAGUUUAGACUGACACUGGAAAUAGAAGGAUCUGUGCCAUCAGAAACACCCCAUGCUCUUACAGUAAGACUUGGAAUGGAAACCAGGCACCUGCCAGAUGCUGUUGGUGACUGUUCUCUUCCCUGUCAGGUGAGGUGCUGCUGUCUCAGUGCCUGUCCUGUUUACUUAACACAGUUCAUACAGCAGUAGCUGAGUGUUACUGUUGCCUUCCUUGGAGGAAUUUCUGGCUUUCUGAGAAUGUACCUGGUUUAUCUCCAUACGCAAUGGUUCCAUUUGCUCCUUGUAUUUUGUGUACACAUCAGUCUCUUGCUUACUUCUGUGGAGGUUUUAUACACUUGGUUAACUUUGAGUACGGGUUGGGCUUUUCUGGUUUUUUUACAAUAAAUCAAUACUUUCUGGUCAGAGUCUUUUUUUGUGUCAGAGUGGUCAUAUAGGUAACAUAAUGGGAAGUGUUUGUUCAAAUGUCAUGUGUAAAGUGAGCUUGUGUUGAUGAUUUCAACUAACUCGGCUGUCAAUAAAGAAUAAGAGUUUACUCUCCGAAGAAGAGUUGGAAAAUCACUGUUUCCUAUUCUGGAUGAGUUUGUUUUCAUCUCAGGGGUAAGGUGAAGGGACUGUGAAAUAAAAUGGUCUGUUCAGAAGUUGCAGCUGCACAGAGCAAGGCCCUCAUGCUAAAGCUGUGGCCCCUAAACCAGCUCCUGUCAGACAGCUGAGCACACACCACUGAUGGCUUGAGCCAGCCUGCACUGGGGCAGAUGAGCUGCAGCUCAUCCUUGGCUUUUGUGGGUCACUGAUAGUGGAAGAAGGCCUUAAAAAGCAGAGAUGAGUAAAGGGGCUUUGCCUGGAGCAGCUUUAAAUAGAAACUGUGGUGGUGGUAUUUGUUUUCUUUUUUUGAAAGAAAAAAGCAUCAUACCCUUCUCAAACAUUAUUUCACUAUUAGAAUCAUCAUCAAAACCUCUGGGGAAAUAAAUUUUAUUUCAGAUAAAUAUCUGCAUUUUCAAUCUGUUUCUCGAAAGGAGCCAAGUUUGCAGUUGUUCUACACGUCUAUAAACCUGAGGUCAAUGCUAGUAAAUAUUCUAUACAGCAUGGCAAAACUCCUGAGGUGCAUCAUUGCACAUGUAAACUAAAAUAAUGUACUGUUCCUUCCCAAAAUAACUGCAUCUAUGAUUGUGCCUGACCUGAGAAUUCCCCUUAUCUGAUUUCUCAAUCUGACUUUCUCAGAUUGCAAAAUUGUGGAAUGUUUGUGGAAUGUAGCUUGCAUUUAUAGAUAUUUAGAAUUGAAGGGCAACCAGUAUGGGGUUGCUUUUUAUCUUAAUUACAUCAGAAUGUACAAACUCAGGAAACAGUCUCCGGGCACCCUUCAGUAUGUUGUUUCCCCAGUGUGCACACGCAGCCAGAGUUUUCUUGCUGAGCCAGAAAGAAAUACUUCGUUCAGCCCCUUCUCCAUGCUCAGAGGCAGCUUUGUCUGUUUCUGUUGCGCAAGCAGCAGUUUUGGCUGCAGCUUGUUUCUGUGAGCUCGGGGUUGUGACCUGGAGUGCAGGCCAAGAGGAUACGGGAAAGCAGAGCUCAGGCUAUUCCCUGCUGGAGCGCAAAGCUGGAGCUUUAUCUUGGUUACUAUAGGGAGCUCCCACAUUGUUGUCACUGCUGCUGUCCUUGUUGGAGAGGAGUCCAGGGGAUACACUGCCAGAUCUUCUAAAGAUCCCCUCCAGCACCUACCAUCUGGGAAUUAUUCUUAUGUUUUGCUCUUUGCAGAAAAUGUUUGUUUGGAGAGAAUGUGAAGCAUGGCAUAAGAUUCAGAAAUGCCCUCUAUAGUCCAAAACGCCUGAGCUCUUGUAGGAAAAAAUACCGUAAGUCAGUUUUGAAGGCAAUGCUCUGUUCUAGGUCCCAGAGCAAAAUGGCACAUGCCUGCACCCCAGUUUACAGGAGUAAUUUUCCAGGGUUUUUUGUUGGUUUGGUUUUGUUUUUUUUUUUAAUUGAAAAGGUGACAGGGCCACUUACAGCCAGUAGAGAAGAAAUUUGAGCAACUCUGUACUGUAAGAACACAGGUUGCAACAUAAGUUGAGAUAAGGAUGUGAACAGAGUUGCAGCAAAACAUAGUUCCUGCAGUAACUGAGCUGUUGUUACAGAGGGAAGCACUGGGCUCAUGGAUGGCAGGGGACAAAAUUAUGUGUCUGCUCCCUGCUUUUUGCAAGGUUCACUUGUCUGUUGGGUUGAACUUUAGAUUCUCUUUGCCCAUUGUUCCAUUCAGAGAUACAGAGUACUAUAGAGUAUCUGUUCUACCGCUCCAGGCCCGUCUGUGCAAAAUGUAUCCUCUUAAGCUGAAGUCCAGCAAUGCCCAAGGAAAGUUGCCUGAUGGUACUUUUGCACCUCUUUCACCUCAUGCUUCUGCUCUGCAGCUCCAGCAGCAAAUUGUUUAAAGUGACAGAGUUGUGAACGGGGCAACUACCUGUAACUCUUCUGAGGAGAAGGUAAAAUGCUCUCUUAGACCUGUUAAAUCAUGUGUGAGACCACACAAAGGGGAGACUUUCUGCACCCUCUCUCUACAGCACAACUGCACUCAAACCUGGAGCUUUCUGCUAGUUAACCAAGGGAAGCAAGCAGGCUCCUGAGCAGGAGUGGGUACAGUGGGUACUCAAACUCUGAACCAUGUCACUAGGGUAUGACAGUUAAUAUAUGAAUUUUAAAAUCUAGCAAAGUUGUUGCUGUAUGGAUCUAAACUUCCCCUUAGGUAAAAUGUUUACUGCUGCAUCAAAAAAUCUGCUUAGUUUAAGCCCACCUUAGCCCCACCGAGCUGCCGUUGCAGCAGGAUGGCUGGAAGUCCCUUGGGAAGGAUCUGUGAAAGCAAACCAAGGCAGGAUGAACCAUUCAGAGCCUCUUUAUGGUGUGUGUGUCUGUGCUAUCUUAGAGCAUUAUCAGCAGGGACGCAGGUGUAUGUGGUUUGCUUAGCAAUGGAGUUAAGAGCAACACUUCUCAUUUUCCAUUCCAUCAACUCUGGGAUUCAUCUGGUCAUCCCAGCACGCAUGAGAAUUUCACUUAGCAGUUCCUGCAGCCCUUCUGGUAACGCAGCUGACUGUUGCUUGUGCACAGACACAGACCUGACCUUGUGCUUCAUGCAGACAACCAGGCACCUUCCCUUCCAAGCUCUGUCCAGCACAAGGGCCAAAAAAAGUGUCACCUUUAAGUCAAGUGUAACAUUUCAAGCAUACAGAACACUUCAAUCUUCAAGGCAGUUUCUCAGUCUGCUUGUUAUGAGGAGCAAAUAGUCCCAUGGACAGCUGAAGAAGCACCACAUACUGUCUAAAAAAUUGUGUAAGAGGAGCUAUGAACUUUCAGUAAGGACAAGGGCAGGUUUCCAAUAAUGAUUCUGUGUUUAAAGUGGGGGAGUAGUGGGGAAUUCCUAGCCAUGGGUGUAUCCUUUAUAGUUUCCUCUUUUGAAGGAUUUGAAUUGCUUAUAAAUACCCUUUUUGAGUCUGAGAGCACACGAGACCAUCUCCACCUCCUUUGGCUUUGCCUUUCUGCAGUGCUCUGUCUCAGACUUGGGCAAGUAACCAUGAGGCUCUGUGUCUGGCUCUUGUUGCUCUCCGUUGUUCUGUGUGUAAGUGCUGACAGAUCUGGACUGCGCAGAGCUGGAAAAUUUGUCUGGGAUGCAGUGGGAGGAACAAGGGAUAUGUACAGAGCGUACCGGGACAUGCGUGAGGCAAAUUAUAAAGGUGCUGACAAAUACUUCCAUGCUCGUGGGAAUUACGAUGCUGCCCGGAGAGGACCUGGUGGUGCCUGGGCAGCAAGAGUGAUCAGUGACGCCCGGGAGGGAUGGCAAAGCAGAGUGAGCGGCAGAGGCGCCGAGGACACCCGGGCGGACCAGGAGGCGAACAGGUGGGGGCGGCGCGGCGGGAACCCGAACCGCUACCGCCCCAAGGGGCUGCCCAGCAAGUACUAGGGCUGUCCCCCUGCUCCUCUCAAACCUCCCUUUGCCUUUGUACAUCAUCAUCAGCAGCAGCAGGGCUAGGCUUCGCGAACGAAGAUUUUGGGAAGGGCUCUACCCACAUUUGCUACAAGCGCGCUGGUGACUAAAAAGUCUUUUUUAGCCUUUGUACUGCCGAAUAAAGAAAGCCUUCUGAAAACUG